UUAACCAGAAACAGGAAGUCCACGCUUGUACUUUAAGAGCCAUGAGACGUUUGAGGACAGUCAAAAACAUGCCGUUCAGACCACAUAGGCGUCUUCCUGCUCUGUUGAUUUGGAUUCUCCAAACGCUCCUUCCUGUUUGCCGUGGAACAGAAUCUCCAAGAAUAACGCUGGGGAACACCGUCUUUGUGGCCUUCACGGGCGAAGAUCUCUACCUUCCCUACCAGCUCCACCUGCCAGCUAUCCCGGCCAAUGACACCUUGACGUGCUUCGACCCUCUUCACAGGGUGAUUUUCAGACGCUCCAUCGCCAGCGACCACCAUGCGCAGAUCUUCAGCAGCUCAAUGCGGGUGCAGGCGCUGCAGACUUCUGGAGAAUAUCACUGCCAGUAUAACGUGGCCAAAGCUUACUGGUUUAUGCGCCUGCGAGAUGAAGGUUACAAGGAUGUGCUCACAGUGGACUACACGGACUUUGUAACCGUGGGCUUCUUCAGCGUGGUGUUGCUGCUCCUCAGUGUGGUCGGCUCGGUGUAUGUCUUCAGAGGAACUUGGAAGACAAAAGUCCCUGAGUGUGGCAAUCAAAGCCCAGGCGGAAAGCAGAAGAAAGAAGUGGGAGUGGCAGAGACGCCUGAGGAUGACAACACGGAUGCAAAUAUAACUUCUUCCACGUCCCUCUAUGCUACCCUGGAGCCACGAGCUGGGUCUGUCUACGACGUGCUCAACGUGGACUCCAAGGACAGGAAACCUGCGCUCAAGCCAAAGACGGGCCAGAAACUGAUGGCACAAAGCCCACAAGCGCAGGACCAAGGCGUGUUCGAGUCCGUCUACGAGAACUUCUGAUCCUGGAACCUCACCACUCCACUCGGGUUGUCAUCGCAGCCCAUGAAACACGUUCCAAAUUUACAUUUGA